AUGGCUCCAAAUCCUAGCGGACCCUCGCCUGGAGGCCUCCAACUCUACGCCAACCUGCUCGAUCCCAAUUCCGCACCCGCGCCUGGAACCAUCUCAAGCGCGCCAGUACUCUACAAGCAGCCCAGCAGCGGCUCGCCCUCGCAGGACAACGAAGCCGCGAAGAAGCAAGUGGAUGCCGCAGCCGCUCUACGUUUUCAGCCCACCAAAAGACCGCAAGUGACAUCUCAGAAAGCAAAGUCGAAAACGACUGUCUUUCCAAUGCCUGGACAACCCCCAGCAACUUCAAGCUCGCCUGAUCCAGCUGUCAAGGCUAUGGCGCAGCAAGCAACGCAACAACCGGCCGCCAAGAGCACACUAGCCGACUGGACGGCCGAGGAUGAAGAUGUCAAUGGUUUCUACGCCGGCGAGAAGCGGCAACGUGGCGGACGGAAGAAGAGGAAGAAGAAGAAGGAGGAGGACGUGCUAGUCCAGGACUGGGACGACAUCUACGAUCCAUCGCGACCUACCAAUUACGCGGAUUACAAGGGCAGCGACGAACAAUUCCGAGAGAAGCAAGAGUGGAAAGAUAGACUCUAUGCCCAUCGCAUGGCCAGGCGGACCACUAGUGACUUCUCGAGCGACACUGAAGAUCGUGGCAGGAUGAGGAUGAACAGGCAAUUCGCACCCCCAAACUACUCCUUCGCACCGCCCCUAGAUCUCAACUCGGAGCCCGCGCCUGCUCCCGCGAACCCGGAGCCCACAUCGAUCUCGGACGACCCUACAGGCGAAGACGCUUACGCACGCCGCCUGCGCCUAAGCCAGCAACAACAGCCCUCACCACCUCUACUGACAUCAGAUCUCUCACCACGUAUUCCAGUCUACCAUCCUCUACCGCCUCCGCCUCCGCCGCCGCCACAAGCCCCACCUCCAACUAUCUCACGUGAGCCUGUCCGCUACAGCCUUCCCGCCGCUUCCACAGAGCUCCUAGCCGCCGGCCCCGAGCUCGAAACAGCACUCAAACAAGAACCAGCGGUCAAAGAAGAACCAGCGGUCAAGCAAGAGGCACAAGAUGAGGAGACACCAUCGAACGACGAACCCGCACCACGGUCCAACAGGCCCGGCCAAGCAGGUUUCGCCCAGCGCCUCAUGGCUAAGUACGGCUGGACGAAGGGCUCUGGCCUCGGCGCAUCAGGCAGCGGCAUCAUCACACCCUUGGCCGUCAAGGCGGAUAAGCGCAAAAAGCUGUCGGACGCUCAGGGCGGUGGAUUCAAGGACAAAGGCGGCAAGGGAAAGAUCGUCGGAGGAAAGAAGGCCAAAACUGCAGAAGAAGAAGGCGGGAAGUUCGGGGCGAUGUCCGAGGUCAUUGUGCUGUCUGGCAUGGUGGAUGGCUUGGAUCUGGGUGCGGAGAUGCAGGGGGAUCUGAUGCAGGAGAUUGGGGAGGAGUGUGGGGAGAAGUAUGGACGUGUUGAGAGGGUGUUUAUUCACAGGGACAGUGAGGCGGAGAGCGUGCCGGUGUUUGUGAAGUUCACGAGUCAGUUGAGUGCGCUGAGGGCUGUCAAUGCGCUCGAGGGAAGGAUCUUCAAUGGCAACACCAUCCGGGCCAAGUUCUUCGAUACGGAGAAGUUCGAGAAUGGCAUCUAUGAGUGA